AUGGCUACCUCCGGAGAGGAAACUACUUUCCCUUAUCCCGACCCGUUAUUUAAUGACUGGCUCUUCAAGUUACGUGAAUAUCUUCCGGGGUACAAAGGUCCAAUAUUCACUUGUGAAUUCCACAAUUGGCUUCUAUGGGAAGGAGUCAACGUUGCUCAUCCGUCCCUAUUUGCCGCACGCCCAAGCUAUGAGCAAGAAGAAUGUUCAUCCCCUCCCAGCUCCACCAAACUUGGCAUGUCUCAUGGGGUAGCUGUCGGCGGGCUAGGAGAAGCCGGGCGUGAUACCUGCGGACAAAUAAAGCCCUGUGAAAGGCUUGAAGAGUGUUAUGAGAAACGUGAAGCAGAUGCAAAUGCCCUGGUUUAUAUAAUCAAACGAGAUGUCAAGACUGAAGAGGGAGGGGGAGAUGCUACCCAGGAUACGCAGCGUCGAACACCACCAUCGCCUACCGUCAGUCACGCAGGAAAGGCACCAGCCAGUCAAGCCUGGCCAAACUUCGCCAUCCCCUCAGCCGGACACCACGGUAUCGACGAGCAGCAGCCUUCUCAGUCUGUGCUACCUACAUCUACAUACGGUGGGUGGCCUUCCUUUACCAUGGGAAUGGGUAGCGAUUCUCAGUGGCUCUCUGCUCGUAAGCCCGCCGACUAUCCUGUUAACCAAGAACUCCCCCUUGGCCAGGGCUACUACAUUCCUGGAACUUAUUGUGCGACAUGCCAAGCGCAUUUUUGCUCCUGUAACCUGCUUACGGUGUACAGAUAG